ACUUGCGCUCUCUGUCUCUCUCUCUCUCUCUAUUCUUCUCUCUGAUGAAGGGAUGACACGAUCCGGCAUUUAAAUAUUUAAACUAGUUCGGAAAAGCGGUAUAAGUAAUGUUUAAUAUUCAUUUCUUUGUGAAAAUGUUCUUGGAGUGAUAACAGGAUACAUUUGGAAACAUUUGUGUUGGAUAUUCCGGCACGCAGGAGGAGAAGGAAACGAUGUGGACAUUCAGACGCCACGACGGAUGACAUCCGGAUGAAAAUGAACACAGAUUAUCAGAAGCGACUUCAAACACCUCAAUCAGAGAUCCAAAGUCGUCUAGCCAUCACAGUGCGCUCCACCCUCAUGUCAAGACCUUGUCUGUCUUCCCGAGGUCCUAAACCUCCAGUUGCUCCAAAGCCAAAACUCUCCACUCAGCAAGAAGGUGAACACAGCCAAUGCAUUGUUAGUAAUGGAGAUGUCGCAUCGGAAUUGGAAUUAACGCAGGACAGUGAAUCAGAAUCCACACAGGAUGAAGCUGACCCACCCGGAGAGACCCAAAAAGAGGAUCUUUUUGAACAGUUAGUAGAGAAACACAAUUACCAUGAUGGUAUUGAUGAUAAAGACACAGAGGAAGUGCUGCAGAUGGGGGUAGAAGAAAGAGAUGAAAUAGAUGCCAAAGAAGAGAAGAGCCGCUUUGAAGUAGUUGAUGCAGGUUCCUUGAACGAGGUCAAAAAUGUUAUUGUAACUACUGUUUCAGCUGCUACAGACCACAUCAAAGAAACAGAUGAUAUACACCCACAACCAGGCACAGGUGAUCCUGAUGAUACAGCAGAUGAUCCUGCUGAGAAAGAGACCGCCGUGGAGUAUCAAACAAGGGAUGACUCAGAGGCCAACAAUGGCACACUGAGCCCUUAUGAAGAAAUUGAGGAAUACAACUCAAAUCAGGGCAGUACGUAUACAGAGAUAGAUAAUGCUGAGGAACUGACGUCGGAGACUGCUGAUGAUACAGAGGAGCCUUAUUUCAGUGAAAGAGAGUUCCUAUGCGCAACCCCAAUAGAUACCACAGCCACAAAGCUAUGUGAAGAGGGCGCAGAUCCAAGUGCAGAGUGCAGCACUGAGGAUACGUCAAAUACAGUGGCUGGAUUUUCCUCCCAGGCUAUGAAUGGCAGUCAGCCCUCCCUGUGUGAGGAGUACCCAUAUGAUGUAAUUGGACCUCUGGAUGACACCAGUGCAUGGCAGCCAGAACGCGCCACCAAAGACGAAUCGGGACGUUUCAGGUUCUCAGAGGGUGUAGAGGAUCCGUUUGAGCCAUAUUCGGUCAUAGAGGUGGUGCCUGCUGAUCUCAUGAGCACCUCAGACCCUGAACUGGAGUGUACAGAUGAAGAUUGUAGUGAAGAGAAAGCAAAGGACCCUGAGACAAAGAUGGGAUCCACUCAAGAGCCUUUUUUUGUCUCAUCUGAUGAUGUAGCAGAAGUAGUUGAAGAACAGGUUCAGGUGGCAGACAAUGUGACUUCAUCUGAUGAACCCUUGGAACAGGAGCACAGGGAAAUGUCAAACACAGACGCAGUGGAUGAGUAUGCUGACAUAGAAGGUUCUCUAUGCCAGGAUGGAGAUGAUCAACAGUUAGAGUGUGUGUCAUCUGAGGAUUAUGUAGAGAUAGGUGACGAAGACGAGCCUGUAGACAUGACACGUAAAACUAAAGGGAAGAGCACAAAGGAGCGCUCAGCCAUUCGCAGACAAAGUGGUGUGAGCAAGAGAAACAGUUGCCAGCCACGUCUUAGACUUUGCGAUAUUACAGUGCCCCCUGGCCUAGACUUGGGCAGGACUCCUGAACUAACAAACCGUUUAGUGUUUGCCCACACCACCGAGGCAUUUGAGGAGGACAUAGAAGAUCUCGACUGCCACAUAGUGCCUUUUUUUGAGGACUCUGACACAGAUAGUGAUGAGCACAUUUACGAGGAAGCAGGCUUUGACUCAGAAGGAGAGAACUUUAUCACCCUGGACAGAAAGACGAUUGUUACUCGUUCACGGUCACUCUCUGGGAAAGUCCCUGGAUAUGUCCCCGAGACUGUUCCUGAGGAGACAGGCAAUGAGUCUCAGACUCAUGACUACUACUCUGUUACCUUGGACCAAAAUGGAGAUCUAUUAAAGGCUUCAGAUAAUUCAGAGUCAAAUCGGAUGAUUCCGUCAUUGAACUCUAGACGUUUUCUCUUCUCCCCACGAUCGUAUUCUGCGGAGGGCCGAGACAUGACCUUGUCUGCCUACCUGGAGGGCAGUCAUUCACCCAGAGUGGAUGACAGAGUGAAACGGACAGAUGACACUCUCUCCCUACCUUGUGUCAUCACCUCUUCUGGGAGUUUCUCUCAAAGAAGCCACCAGUCCUCUAGUGGUGUGUCUACACCUACAUCUCUUGUUGACAUCCCACCACCCUUUGAGCUGGCGUACAUCACCAAGAGGCCUAUCACGAAAAGUUCCCCAUCACUACUUCUUCAACAUGAGUCUAAUGACAAACCAAAAAAGAAGAAGACAUCAUUCAAGCGUUUCCUGGCUCUGAAGUUUAGGAGGAAAGCCGACAGCAAAUCGCACACUGAUGGCAGCGUACGUUCUUCCAGAUCAUCAUCUGAAUCGAGCCACCAUGGGCCUGUUCGGGUAAUAGAGCUGGAUAAGAGGAGUAAUGGCAGCUCCCCUCAACUUCAGUCUCGCAUCAUAAAACCCCAACGCAACUCAGACUUUCCUGCUACCUUUGUAGUCUACAAAGACAGGCAGAAGAAGAAAGGCGUACCCAAGACUUAUGGCAGCAGGGGCAUCUCCAGAGUGGAAUCUUUUGAGGACCGCUCUCGGCCUCCCUUCAUGCCACUCCCACUCACCAAACCUCGAUCCAUCUCCUUCCCAAGUGCUGAUACUUCUGACUAUGAAAACAUUCCAGCCAUGAGCUCUGACUAUGAGAAUAUUCAGAUUCCUCCAGGGAGGCCCACUCGGGCCGUCACCAUCACUGAGUUCUUUGACGACCAAAAUCGGACAGCAACUUCAAACGAGAAUGACGGUUAUGUUGACAUGAACAGCUUUGCAGGAAUAGAGAACAAAACUAACACACAAGAGCAAGAGACAGAGAGUGCAUACACAGAACCUUUCCCAGUGUGUCAGGCCCCUGCACCAAAUUUCACAGAGGAAGACCACGGACGCACAUCUGAGGAAGAGGAAGGCUGCGCUGAUCAGAGCUUUGAAAGACAGAUUGAUGGCAGGUCCAGAGCAUACUAUGUAGCCAAAGAGCUGCUGGAUUCGGAGAGAGAACACGUCAAGACACUGAAACGACUUCAAGAGGAUUUCAGGUCAGCAGUGGAGGAAGCAGUAGGGGAGGACGACGAGCCCGUGUUGGAGGAGGGGAGGAUGGACGAGAUUCUCAGCACCCUGCCUCAGGCUUACCAGCUCCACACACACAUCCUGACACAACUGGACUCCCGCAUCCAACAGUGGGAGGAGAGCCCAAAGAUGGUGGACGUCUUUUUGGCGCACCGUGAGGAGUUUGGGAUAUUUGUGACCUACAUUGGUGGUUUUGACCGCAGCAUGGCUCUGCUGGAGGAGAGCUGCAGACGGAACAAAGCCUUCGCUGAUGUCGUCAAACGCUUUGAGCAGCAGAAUUCAGAGGGAGUGCAGAUUCCCGUGAAACACCAGCUGCUGCAGAUCAUUGUCCGUGUACUCCAAUACCGCAUGCUUCUCACAGAUUACUUAAACAAUCUCUCCCCUGACUCGAAAGAAUAUGAAGACACACAAGCUGCGUUGGUGAUCGUGUCAGAGGUUGCAGACCAGGCCAACGACAACCUGAAAGAAGGGGAGAACUUGCUGCGUCUGGUCCACAUUGAGUACAGUGUGAAGGGGAAGAAGAGUUUGCUGCAGCCAGGAAGAGUGUUUGUGAAAGAGGGUACGCUCAUGAAGGUCUCCCAUAAGAGCCGACAGCCUCGACAUCUGUUCUUGAUGAACGACAUGAUCCUGUACACCUACCCUCAGCAGGAUGGGAAAUACAGGAUGAAGAAUACUCUCCCUCUCAGUGGGAUGAAGGUUAGUAAACCGGUCAUCGAUAAUGUGCUCAACACAUUAAGGAUCGAGGUCAAUGAUGUCACCAUCACCCUCUCAGCCAGCUCUGUAGGAGAGAGGGAGGACUGGUUCCACACUCUGAGCCGAGCGAUAGCCGACCACGCCGCAGGCCUCAAUACGUUCAGCUCCUCCAGCGAGGCGAGAGAGAAGCUGUGGAUGUCUCUGGGAGAAGCUGCGCCUGUCCUGGUGCCCAUCUCUCACGCCAUGAUGUGCAUGAACUGCGCAUCAGAUUUCAGUCUCACUCUGCGCAGGCACCAGUGCAACGCAUGUGGCAAGGUGGUGUGCCGCUCCUGCUCCAGAAACAGAUACCCGCUGAAGUAUAUGAAGGACCGAAUGGCUAAAGUGUGUGACCGCUGCUACAACGAGCUCAAGAAACGAGGUGGGAAUGUUCCUAUUCCAUGCGGUAGUGCAAGUCCACACACACAGCGCAGCAGCAGACCUCUGUCCGCUGUGUUUCAGAGCCUGCAACCUCCCAGCUUAUGGAAGAACAGGAAGAGCAUCACAUCACCCCUCGCUCAGGUGUCAGUGGGCGCUGAAGGCUCCACUAUGAGUGGUAGUUUGCAGAGGCGGAAGAAGAGCAAGCGGAAGUGGAAGAGGCUGUGGUUCCUGCUCAAAGACAAGGUGCUCUACACCUUCACAGCUCGAGAGGAUAAGGUGGCGAGUGAGACUUUGCCUCUUCAGGGUUUCACAGUAAAGCUGUCUGAUCAAUCCGAGGGCGAGGACACAGGCGGCAUCUUUCAGCUUUACCACAAAAAAACACUGUAUUACACAUUCAGAGCGGAUGAUCGUUACACCGCACGAAGAUGGGUGAAUGCCAUGGAGGAAGCCACAGUAUUAUAGUAUUAACUGAAGCAGUGUGACUGUAAGCCGUGACUUUUCUAAACAAAGACGAAGAGGAAGGCGUAUGUUAAACCACAACUCGCUUCCACCUGAAGGAUCAUUUGCGCCUUUUUUCACCGCAGGCGUAUAAAUGGAUUCGUUUGUGCAUACGAUCACUGGAAAUUCCACAAUGGAAGGAAAGACAGUUACUUGACUCACGUUUGUUCACUUUCUGUCUGAAGAAAAAGUGAAAAACGCCAAAUGUAAAUAAGUGAUAUAAAAUGGAGGAGUCUUUUUAUAAAUACAGAACAUUUUACACGAUUUUUAAAGUAAAAACAGACAGGAUACAAGUUUUAAUAUCAGGUGUCUGACUUUUGAUACACAGUGAUAUGGACUGAUGUGUCUUGUGUGAAAUUUGUUUAGAGUUUCAUCAGAGGCAGAUUUGAUACAAGACUGUAUAUUAGCUGUAUAUUUCUUCAUUAGAUUUGAGAAACUAAGCUGUAAUAUAAUUUGAUCUGAUUCACAGGGCAUGUAAAUUGUGCCAUAGUUUUCCAUCCAUCUCAUUAUCUCUAGCCGCUUUAUCCUGUUCUACAGGGUCGCAGGCAAGCUGGAGCCUAUCCCAGCUGACUACGGGCGAAAGGCGGGG